AUGCUCGACUCCACAUUGUUCGACAUGGAACCACCUAUAGGGGGGUGCAUGAAUUAUUGUUCAUUAUAUAACGACAACAAGCAGCAGAUAAUGAUUAUCCUUAGUGUGUUUGGAAUUGUUUUAACUAUAUUUGGUAUAACUUUUUUUCAUGGACAAUACAUGAUGACUAAGCUGACGGAUAAAGUACGAGCGAAUUUACAUCUGACUAAAGGCACCUCUGGCUAUAACGGAUAUGUUUCGCCUUUGUCACUAUCCUUUACAUGUUAUGUAUUUAACGUUACGAAUCCCGAUGAAGUAAUGCGAGGAGAAAAUCCGAAUGUGGUCGAAUAUGGUCCUUUUGUGUACGAUGAAAUUCUGCAGAGACACAUCCAAGAUACUAACGUCGAAACGGACGAAAUUAAUUAUAUUGCCGUAGCAACGUACAAGUUUAACAGCGAUAAAAGUGUGAAUGCUAGUCGCGAAAAAGUCACCAUAUUGAACCCAGCAUACAUGGGCAGUAUAAUAACGUUGACGUCACUACCCCCCGAGUUUAUGAAAAAAUACGGAAACAGCAUACCGAAUUUGUUUCCCAAUCGCAGUAGCAUAUUUUUGAAAGCUCGUCCUGUUGAUAUACUGUUCAACGGUAUUAGAGUUACAUGUAACGUAAAAAAGUUCCCUGACUUAAAUCUCUUAUGUAAAAUAAUGGACUCUAAUAAACGUCCACCGGUUUUAAGGGAGACCGAUAAAGAGGGAGUUUACCUACUGAGUAUGUUCCAAAAGAGCAAUGGCACAGUCCGUGGACCAUAUUCUGUUAACAGAGGCUUAAAAAAUAUGAGUCUACUGGGAGACACGACUUCUUACAAAUUCGAGAAAGUACAAACAAUUUGGCAUUCUGACUCGUGUAAUCGAGUAAGAGGGUCGGAUACCAUCACCUAUGCACCAUUAUUAACGCCACUGUCUUACGUUACAACCUUUAUAACUGAUUAUUGCAGGUCCGUGGAAGUUGAUUAUGAUAGACAGGUUUCGAUAAAUGGCAUAACUGGAUCGAAAUUUACCAUGAAGGAACGUGUGUGGUUUUUAAAUGAAUCACAGUGUUAUUGUCCUGUAAAUGACAAAAAAGUAGAAUGUUUGCCACAGGGCUUGCUCGAUGCCUCUGAAUGCCAGAAAGCGCCUAUAAUAUUUUCGGAACCGCACUUUCUUCACGGUGAUCCGAGUCUUUUACAAUAUGUCCGCGGUUUGAAACCCGACGAAAAUCUUCAUUCAACUUUCAUUGUCAUCGAACCGUACACCGGAUAUCCACUUUCAGGAUACAAAAAAGUACAAUUAAACGUAAAACUGUCUAAACAACCAGUAGAUCUUCUCGCGAAUGUCAGCGAGGGAAUUGUUCCUCUACUAUGGUGUGCGGAUGUAAGAAUCUUCGAGAAGUUAUAAUCAAUCAUUGGCAUUUCAUAAUUAUUGCGAUACGGGACCAAAUAGGAACACGUUUUCUAUGCAAUGUA